CAGACCCUCGAACUCCUCCCUGAUACAGGCUCCGGGGACUUCACCAUUGAAUCGGACCUCUUGGCAGCGUCUCUACGCGGAACCGGCCCCAUCUACAGCCCCGGGUCCUCGUCCACGGCGCGUCAGCUGCCGGGAUACACCUACUCAGAAUGCUACGGCAGCGGAUACUGCGAUUCCGGCAUUGUCUACACCGACGUCUGCACUCUGGGCGAUGUCACAGUCACAGGGGUACCUAUCCAGGUCGUCAACAGUGCGUCGUCUAAGGGAGGAGACCAAACGGGCAACGUAGGCCUGAGCUUUGGAACACCACAGGCUGCGAACCCAAGGGGUCCUUCAGGCUUUCUCUGGUCCAUCCGAUCAGCUCUCGACUCCGGCGUCUUCACUGUCGCAUACGAUGAUUCGACCAACUCGGGCGAGUUCGAAUUCGGAUAUGUCGACCCUUCAAAGUUCACCGGCGCCAUGGCCUACGCGCCCCUCGAUGUCUCGUCAUCCAGCGGCGGCGAAUGGAUCACAGAAUUUUCGGGCUUCAUCGUCAACGGCACCUUCAUCAUCUACAGCUGGCCCGUCAUCCUCGACACAGGCACUGGUGGCUCCGGCGUGCCCCGAACCCUGGCCGACUACUACUUCUCCCAGGUGCCCGGCUCGACAUGGAACAGCGCCUGGAAUCAGUACCAAUAUCCGUGCUCCGAGAGCCUGCCGGACCUGACGAUUGGUAUCGGAGCUGUCACCAAGUUUACCCUACCGGGAAGUGGCCUGGUGGCGUUUUCCCUGGACGGCACCAACUGCCUUUCUAAGCUGGGCGUCAGCAACAGUUCCCCUUAUUUUUUUGCCCAGAACCUCAUGGAGGAACUCUUCAUCGUCUUUGACUUUGACAAUGCCCAGAUUGGCUUUGGUGAA